CUUUAAUCUUCGUCGUACAUCUCAAAGCUAGAUCAUCAUGGUGGUUGUGGACAAGCAUUCUUUGGCGAACAUUGCUGCCAUCAAGAGCACCCAUGUGGCCUUUGAGUUGACCGCGGACUUUGACCGCCAUGUGCUGCACGGGUUUGUGGAAAUCACGGCUACCGUCGUCGCGGCCACGACCGAGUUCGUCCUCGACACCCGCGCGCUGUACAUCCAAAAGGCCACGAUCGACGGCGAGCAUGUGCUCACGACCCAAGUGGAAGAUGCGGUGUUCGGCACGGCGCUGCACUUGCCCCUCCCUGAAAGCGUCCGCGCCGUCAACUCGACGUUCAAGGCGCGCAUCUACUACGAGACGACACCAGACACGACUGCGAUCCAGUGGCUGCCCAAGGAACAGACGGCCGACAAGACCCAUCCGUACUUGUUCACGCAAUCCGAAGCGGUCCACGCGCGCGCGUUGUUUCCUUGCCAAGAUGUGCCCAGCAUCACCACCGUGUUCACGGCGGCAAUCACGGUGCCGUCGUGGGCGACGUGCUUGAUGAGCGCCGUGGCGUCGGCGGACCCCGCCCCCCACGCAUCCAAGCCCGUCACGACGUUCUACUACGAGCAAAACGUGGCCGUGCCUUCGUACUUGAUCGCGCUUGUGGUCGGGCGCCUCGACAGCCGCGAGAUCGGGCCGCGCAGCCGCGUGUGGAGCGAGCCGAGCCAGGUGGACGCCGUCGCGUACGAGUUUGCUCAAACCGAAGACUUCCUCAAGAACGCCGAAACCAUCAUGGGCCAGGCGUACGUGUGGGGUCGGUACGACCUAGUGUCGCUGCCGCCGUCGUUCCCGUUUGGCGGGAUGGAGAACCCUUGCUUGACGUUUGCCACGCCGACGCUGAUCGCCGGCGACCGGUCGUUGGCGGACGUGAUUGCCCAUGAGAUUGCGCACAGCUGGACGGGCAACUUGAUCACGAACGAGACGUGGGAGCACUUUUGGCUCAACGAAGGCUGGACCAUGUGGCUCCAGCGCAAGAUCAUGGCCAAGAUCUACACGGAACUGCACUUUGACUUUGACGCGAUUCUCGGGUGGACGGCGCUGCAGUCGUCUGUGGACGCGUACGGCGCCGCGCACGAAUUCACCAAACUCGUUCCAACAUUGGACGGAUGCGAUCCCGACGACGCGUUCUCGAGCGUCCCGUACGAAAAGGGCUUCAACUUUCUCUACUACCUGUCCAAGUUGGUCGGCGACGACCAGUUUGAGCUGUUUGCCAAGGCAUAUGUCCAGCAAUUCAAGUACAAAACCGUGACCAGCGACGCGUUCAAGGCGUUCUUCAUUGACUAUUUCACCCCCACCAAGGCCACGGAACUGGCUACGAUUGACUGGCAGACGUGGUUCUACGGACCUGGCAUGCCCCAACGCCCCGCCUUUGACACGACCAUCAGCGCCGCAUCCGAACGUCUCGCGGAUCGCUGGCACGCGGUGGGCGCGACGGCCGCGGCGUUCGACGCCAAGGACGUCGACAGUUGGACGUCGUCGCAGUAUGUGGUCUUCCUCGAACGAGUGCUCAACUUGAGCGUAAAGGAACAGCGGUUUCUGGACCCUGCGACACUGGAAGCGCUGGGGCAAUUGUACAAGUUGACGUCGACCAAGAACUCGGAGGUGCGCAUGCGAUACCAAACGCUGAGCGUGCGGUCGGAAGCGGCGUUCAUCUUGCCGUACGUUGAAGUGUUUCUCAAGGAACAAGGCCGCAUGAAGUUUGUCCGGCCGUUGUAUCGCGACUUGUACAAGUCCAAGAUUGGCGCCGUGGCCGCGCGCCGCAUCUUUGCCGAGUCCAAGGACACGUACCACCCGAUUGCACGCAAGAUGAUCGCCAAGGACUUGGAAUUGUAAAUAUCAAGCAAAAUGAAUUCACGUCGAUAUACAUGAAAGGAACGAUGGGAUGGGG